AGACAACGUCGGCGGCAGCGAUGCUGGCUCGUGCAAACGUCGUUUGCCCGUUGAUUUUAGUAUUCACGUGAAAUCUCUGAAGUACGGAUCGCAAGCGUGCGCGCGUGGUUGCGGGAACACGCGCUCAGUUUUACCCCGUGAACGCAACCCUACCUCCAGUAUCGUCCGUCGGACCCACGCUUUCGCACAAUUUCGGUUCAAUGUUCGGUUUUCUAUGUGUGUUGUUCUGCGUGUAACUGAAAAGUGUACGGCGUGUGUGUAUGAGUAUGAGUGUGUGUAAUAUUGCAGUUUGCGUGGAAUGAACAGCCAGCUUUGAAAACGAUGAACGAUGACUUCCACCGCAGCAGUUAACACGUUGCCCAGGUACCACGGCACACGCACUGCCGCCGGAUGGUGCCGAAAAUGAUCGUUAAAAACUCGGUUUGCCAGGGGAAGGCAACGACGUGUGGUCUGCUUCGCGGCUGCUAGCGGCUCCGCUGGGCCUGGUGCUGUGUGUGCGUGCAGCAUUGUGUUUAGGUGAACAGCUCCACAGGUGCAUUACAGACACUGUUGCCGAUGCUGUGUGUGCCUGUGAUUGGAUUGGAAGAUCUGCAGGGAGCCGAGAAAGCGGUGCUUCCGGAAAAGCAAAUUCAAACUUGUGUUUAGAGGUGCCACCCGGGUGCCCGAAGUGGUACCCACAUCCCGAAGGGGUAUCUUUUUUUUAUGUGCCAAAGAAAAGUGUCCAGAAACCAAAGCGCGCGAGCACAAGAAGGUGCCCAACGGUGGGAGGAAGAGUAAAAGCGAAAACAAACCCCCGAGUGUGAUAGAGUGAUAGUCUGCAGCGAUGUCUGGAAUAUUCAAAUACACGCCCAACCGAACGGCAGCUUCCACGCCGAAUCGACGAUCAGCGUUCGGCACUGGAUUCGGCAGUCCCGGCGUACACCAGGAUGCCACCAUGGACAACUCAUAUGCGAUGGGAUUCCGUUCGCCCUCGAUAAACGCCCUGACCGGUCACGGUUCGCCGGUUCAGGUGCGCUCGCUGCGCGACAACGAGGAGGAAAUUUCCACCCUGCGCAAGGAAAACUUCAAUCUGAAGCUACGCAUUUACUUCCUCGAGCAGAAGGCGGGCAUCUGCACCGACAAUGACACGCCCGGCGGACUGGGUGUAACCUCAUCGUCCGCGUCCAACACGUCGUGCGAUGGGAACUAUCUGAAACAGAACAUCGAUCUUAAGGUCGAGGUAGAAUCGUUACGACAGGAUCUGCAAAGCAAACAUGAUCUGCUGUGCCAGGCCGUCAAGGCGAUGGAGGUGCUGGAGGAAAGCCACAAGAAGGCGGAGGAAAGGCACCGCGAGCUGGUGAACGAUCUGAACCAUCGCAUCGAGAACCAUCAGGCCGAAAUUCGGUCGCUGGAGAUGAUGGCGGGCGAGUUGCAGAAGCAACACCGGGAGCUGCAGCUGUCCACCAGCCUGCGGGGCGAUCCGGAGCUGCAGCAGCAGCAGCAGCAGCAGCACAUGGCCGAAGAGGGAAAGGAGGGCAUGACGACGCGGGACAAUGUCGGCGAAAGCUUGCUCGACUUUCUGGACGCGGUGCAGCAGCACAGCGAGCUGAGCGUGCAGGAGAAGCUUAAGGUGCUGGAGAUGGAGAACGCCGUCCGGCAGUGCCAGGAGCGGAACGAGCAGCUCACCCGCCAGGUGGAACAGCUGCAGGCCACCAUCGAGGAGAAGGCGAGCAAGAUCAGCCAGCUGGAGAUGGAGCUGGGCGAGCUGCGGUUCGAGAAUGCGGAGCUGCGGGAGGAAAGCGAAAAGCCACAGAGCAACGUUGAGAUUGACCGACUUAAGAAGCAAAACUUUGAUAUUCGGGCCGAGCUGGCGGAGAAGCUGUGCGUGCUCGACGACACCGAGACGAAGCUGAAGGAGAAAACGCUCGAGUGCACCAAGACCUGCAAAAUGGUGGAAAAGUUGAUCAAAACCAUCACCGAGCAGGACAAGGAGCUGGAGAAGCUGAAGCGAAACUCGCCGGUAGAAGCGAACGCCGGUGGUCGCGAGCCGCCGAUCCGAAAGAACAUUUCACUUCACUCCGAACACGGCAUGAACGGUGGUGCCACGGGCGCCCUGGCUGGUGUGGCGGUGCCCGAAAUCGUGGACCAGGACCGCAAACCGGUCAGCCAGGCCGAGUACGACGCGCUGGUGCAGCGGGCAAAGCUGCUGCAGCAGAAGAACGACACGCUGAUCCACAAGCUGUGCGGCAAUGGUGGGGCGGGCGACCAUCGCAACGAUCGCAACAUCAUCAUCAAGCAGCUGAACGACGAGCUGAUCAAGGCGCGCGAAGAGGCGGAAAAGGCCCAGAAGUGGCGCAAAGAGUACGCGGACCUGUGCGCGAUCUCGACGCACCGGCUGGAGGAGUUGGCCGGCUUUCUCGAUUCGCUGCUGCGGAACAAGGAGCUGAUUGGGUCGCUGUCGACGGACAGCCGGAAGGCGAUCCGCAAUGCGGUCGAUCGCAGCCUGGAUUUGUCGCGCAGCCUCAACAUGUCGAUCUCGGUGACGGGGCUUUCGCUCAUCGGCAACAACAUCAACAACAGUCUGGCGCAGCUGAGCUGUCUGUCGGGCUAUCUGGAUCAGUCGGUCGUCCUGGAGCAUGGCGAACACAGCAGUGCCGGCGACGAUGUGGACGAGCAUGACAAGGAAAACCGCGCGUCGAACGUGAAAGGACAGACCAUUCAGACCGGCGGUCAUGGUGCUCUGUUUGGGGGACUGAAUCAAACGAAGCAAAUGAUCGAAACGUUGCGUGCAGAGAACAAAGCAUUGCGGGGCGAGCUGAUGGAGCAGCAGCAGCUGCAGCAGCAUCAACAGCGAACCCGGCGCCGCGAAAGCAAGGAGCGCAAGUCCGUCCCCAUCGAGCCGAUUUCCGACUCGGAAGCGUGGUCCGAACCGGAUCGGGGCGUUUCGCUCGCACGCAUCGGGUUGGAGGACAGCUCUUCGGCCCUGCUGCGGCAGAAGAACGGUCCAGCCGGCGGUCCGACGGCCUCACUAAGCUCGCCAACGUCGGGCGCUGCUGCGCUGGAACUGAGCUCCACCUCAGACAACGAGCCCGGGUUGUUGGCUGCUGCCGGUCUUUCCUCGCAGCGGAAAAGCGCAACCGUGGCUGAAAUGAAGCAGCUGCAGGAGACGGUCGCAACGCUGAGCAAAGAGCUGCAGGACAAGAACGGAACGCUGCUGACCGUACAGAGCCAGCUGGUCGAUCUGGACAGUGAGCUGCAGCGGGAGCGAAUCCGGGCCGCCAAAGCGCAAACGGAAGCGACCGAAACGCGCCAACUGUCCGAACGGUGGGAACGGGACGCCACGGUGUACAGGGAACAGGCGGAACAGGCCGCCCAACGACUGGCGGCGCUCGAGGGCGACAUCCGGCAGCGCGAUGCGCUGAUCGAGAAGCUGCGCAAGGAGCGCGAACAGGCGGCGGUCGAUCUGCGCGUGGCCAUGAUGAAGCUGGAAACGAUGCAGUCCGAGUACGGCGAGCUGCAGCAGCGGCACCGGCGCGAACUGGACGCCAUGCUGGCGAAGGAGCAGCAGCAGCUGGAGGAGCUGCGCCAGAGCCUUACCGAAUCAUUCCGCAACGAGCUGCAGCUGAAGCAGCAAUCGUUCGACACGGCCCUGGCCCAGAACUACAUCUCCAAAAACAUCCACCAGGAGAAGGUGCGCGAGCUGAACGAGCUGCACUACCGGCUGGAGGAUGCGCACAACGACCUGUCCACGAUGGCCGAGGCGGAGGAGCAGCUGCGCCGCCAGCUGGCCGACUGCGAGCGCAGCGCGGCGGCGAUGAAGAAGAGCCUCGACGAGGCGACGCUGCAGGCGUCCAAGGCAGCGAUCGAGCGGACGAAGGCGCUGAACGAGAAGCGCCAGCUCGAGACCGAGCUCGGCUUCGCGCACGACGAGCUGGAGCAGCUGAAGGUGGAGAAGAACGCACUGAACGAGCAGCUGCAGACUAUCAUUCGGACGCAGCAGCAGCAGCAGCAUCCACGCAGUCCACGUGGUUCCGGCGGCGGCAGCGGCGGCGGCAACCAAUCAGCGUCCGGAACGGACGAAGAAAUUACGCCCGGUGUACGGCGACAGCUCGAGAACUCAUCGCCCGAUCUCGGCAUCGAGAGUGAUCCCGGCCGGCUCUCGAACGUGGAGCUAAAGUUUGCGACCUCGCCGCAGCAGCGUCCCCUUCUCAAAACGCUGGAACUGACGAAAUCCAUGUCCAACUUGCUGUUGAAUCCGAACCAGGAAGUCAAACCGGAGAGCAGUGGAGAAUCGUCCAAGGGGGCGGCGGGCGGCGAACAGCAGGAAGGUGGUGGUGGUGGGGCCGAUAAGACGACGGUGAUCCAUCACGACUGUGCCAAGAUCGAGGUCGACUACAGGGAUCUGAUGCAUCGGUACAACAAAACGCGCCACUAUCUGGCCGUUGCGUACGACAAAAUUAAAUCCUCCAACAAGGUGAAGAAGCAGCUGGAGAUUGAGGUGAAGCAGCAGAUCCACAAGACGAACGUCGUGCUGAAGACGGUGCAGCGCAAUCUGGAUUCUUCGGGCAACGAUGGCGCUGGUGAGCAUUGAGCUUUGAGUAGACAGGCUGGCAGGCAGGCACCACGACAAAAACACCAAUGCAAAGGUUUUUUUGGUUUUGUAACAAACGCGGGGGUGUUUUCAUUUAAUUUUGUAUAUAUAUAUAUGUGAGUGUGUAUAAUGUCAGAAAGAGGAAAAUGAGUGCGCGAAGAGAAAGCAAAUAACCACAAUGGUGUAUACACUGACAACACAGCAGAGUAGGCGGAUUGAACACAGCCGGGAGAGGGGAAAAGCUCAUUCCAGAUUCCAUUUCCGUUGCGAUUCAGUCUAAUCGGGUGUGUGCGUGUGUGUUAGACCGUUGUAUACAUUUUAAAACCGCUGUGUAAAAGGGAAGAACCCCCUUCCAAGGACUGUUUAAAGGAAAGAGUUUGAAUUUGCAGACAAUUGUG